AUGGCGGCGGCCGAGGAGAGCAGCAGUGAGACUGAUAAUAACCGGAUCACUGAGCGGAUAGAAGAUCUGAGGCUCUCCAACGAAACCCUGCGGGUGGAGAAUGAAAUGUUUGAGGGUUACAUCCAUCGGCUGCAUCUUCAGAAAGUGGUUUUCCAGCCCAUGCCAGAGUCGUUAAGCCCUGUAUCACAAAUCGAGAUGGGGUGUGAAAGAAAAUCCAAGACCCAGGGACCGUCUCAGGAGCGACCACAGCCCCUGACUUUGGAGCAGAAGUGUUAUGUGGGCCAGAAAGAGCUGGAGGAGAAGAUGCAUGAACUGAAGCAGCUCAGAUCGAGUUCAGAGAAAGACAUCAACAACCACAAGGUCACGAUUCAGGAAGCCGACACUCGCCUGGCAGAGAUUAAGAAGGCGAGUUAUGAGUUUGACCGGGACGUCAUCAAAACUCUACAGCAGAAGGAAGGUGCUGUGUUGGGAGCACAGACGGUGGUCCGCUACAUUGAAGACAAAAUUAAAGCCAAGGACACUCUGAUCGAGAAGCUGCGUCUGAAGAACGUGGUACUGCGGGCACAGAAGAAAAAGCUGCAGCUUCAGCAGCGCCAGAAGGAGGAGAUGGGCGAAGGGCUGACGAAGAUCGACUUUGGGCAUCUGCAGAUUGAAAACAGUCAGUACCUGGAGCGUAUCGAUGAGUGCAACCAGGAGCUGCUGCAUCUUAAACUGCACGCUGCAAACACGCUGCAGGUCCUCAACUCAUACAAGGCGAAGCUUCAGUUCCUGACAGGCGAUUUAAAGACCCUGAGUAUUGAAAUUACUUCACGUGAGGAGAUGCUUACAAAAAUUGCAGCGGAAACCCAGCAGACUGAGGAGGAACGAGUGAAAACUGAGAAUCUGAACAGGAAGCUGAGAGCACAGCUAGCUGAUUUUCGUGUUCCACAUGUGCUGGAUUAUGUUUCAGCCAAAACCUCACUCGCCCAGCUUAAUACAAGCGUCAAGAGCUGGGAGCGCAAAGUGGAGGUUGCUGAGAUGGUGUUAAAGGAGCAAACGAAAUCCUGGAAGCUUCGAGCCACAGACGGAACUGUAACAACUGACCAACAGCUAAUAUCAGGAAGCUUUGUUUAGUCGAGGGCAAAAGUUUGCAUACACCUGUAAGGUACAUGCAUUCCAUGA